CCUUAUAUGAAUCUUCCUCCGUUAUAUAUUUUUUCUGAUAGUAAAAUAAAGAGAAAAAAAACUCGUUUUAUAUGAAUAUUUUUUAUUAUAUAGUCAUCUGAACAAUGAGAAAUGCUCUGAAACUAUUUCUCCAGGGUUCUUUUUGUAUUCAUUAUGAUUUAGAAUAAAAAAAGAAGAUUCAGAACUGAUUAUAAAUUUUGGUUCAUGUUUCUUUUACUUUUUUUCCCCUAUAUGAUCUAUAAGCUAUUUUAACGGGGGAAAAAAAAAUAAUCUAUAACCUAUUUUUUAUUUUAUUUUUCCAGCAUCUUUCUUCUCAUUUGUUGGUUUUAUACAGCUCAUUGUUAGAUCUUUCAUCUCGUGACUGAAACUCGUUUUUCUCUUUGCUUUGAGAAACUGUUUUCAAAAAAUCAUUUUUAGAGGUUGUUUAGCGAUACAAGUUCCAUUUUGAGCUCGUAGAUCAGUGCAUCAGUUAAAGAUUAAUAGCUGGUUUUGAAAUAAUACUAUGAUUUAUUGAGAACUUCACAUAGUGUAAUCCAUCAAAAUAUUGGAAGUCUUUCUGGAUUUUUUCUCUGGUUAUAGAUUUGUUUUUUUCUUUCUAAAUUUUUUAGAGGUUAAUCAUCCAAUUGAAUACUAUUUUCAUAUGUUCAUGGAUUUCACUUAGUUUUAUUUGGGUGAGAUAAGCUGGGGAUUCAGUUUUACAAAAGGAGGUCCAUAUUAGCUAUUCUGCUUGAAACCCAAAAUUUAGUCUUGUUAUUUAUUGCUGUUACAGUUAGUUUAGAUAUGUAGAAUGUGAUCUCAGUUUUUGAAGAAAUAGAAUAUCUUUUGGUCUUUUACUUUAAGAAAAUACAAUUGGUCCAUGCAUUUAUAUCAGAAGAAAUAACAAAUUGGUUUUGCAUUAUCCUUGAAGGAAAAGUGAUUUUUAAGGGUGUAUUUUUCUUUGAACUUUGUCAAUGAUGGAGUUUACAAAAAACUCACAUAAUGAGAAAAGGAAAAGGUUCUUUGGGUCCUCAUCAUCUUACUUUUCUACAUUGUUGGGGGAUGUUAAUAGUGGAGUGAUGUUGCCGAAAGAACUGGAGCUGGAGAAGGAAGGGGUUCUGGAGUUCAGGAUUAAGCUCCCUGAUGCUAGAGAAGCCAUGAAGGGUUUUUUGAAGAAUAGAGAAGUUGCGGAGUUUGUUAGUGGGGCUUUAGCAGGGGCAAUGACUAAAGCUGUCCUUGCACCCCUUGAAACCAUUAGAACUAGAAUGGUGGUAGGUGUGGGUUCUAAAAACAUUGCGGGCAGUUUCUUUGAGAUUGUGGAGCAACAAGGUUGCCAAGGGCUAUGGGCUGGCAACGCCGUUAACAUGCUUAGGAUCAUCCCAACGCAAGCCAUUGAACUUUGCACAUUUGAAUGUGUUAAUCGUGCUGUAUCUUCAGCCAAAGCAAAAUACAAGCUUGAUAAUGGCCAGCAGAAGUCCUGGGUUGAUAUCAGCCUUGGUUUGCCACUUUCUUGGAUCUCUCCUGUUGCAGUUGGUGGUGCUGCUGCAGGGAUUGUUAGCACAUUGUGUUGUCAUCCCCUGGAAGUUUUGAAGGAUCGAAUUACUGUUAAUCCUGAAGUUUAUGGUGAUGUGAGGCUAGCCCUUCAAAAGAUGUCUGAGGAGGGUUUCAGAGGUUAUUAUGCAGGCAUCUCACCUACACUCAUUGGUAUGCUCCCUUAUAGCACCUGCUACUACUACAUGUACGAGUCGAUCAAGAAGUCAUACUGUGGUGCUAAGAAGAAGUCCUCUCUCAACCGAGCCGAGUUAAUUGUGAUUGGUGCACUUUCUGGUUUUACAGCUAGCACCAUUAGUUUUCCUCUUGAGGUGGCAAGGAAGCGCCUCAUGGUUGGGGGCACCCGCCAUACCGACAUAAUGGGCGCCUUAUCAGAAGUAGUGAGGGAGGACGGCCUGAAGGGUCUCUAUAGAGGGUGGGGUGCAAGCUGCCUCAAGGUAAUGCCUUCCUCUGGUAUCACACGGAUGUUCUAUGAAGCUUGGAAAGAUAUACUGCUUAUGGAAAGGAGAAUACCCUUGUAAGAGAGAGAGAGAGAGAGAGAGAGAGAGAGAGAGAGAGAGUAUUAUUGACAAUGUGUCCGGUCCUUACUUUUUUUUGGUCACAAGAGUGGUGGAUUGCAAUGUCCUCCCUCUCUUUCUCUAUAGAAUAAUUUUGUAUUGCUCAUUGUAUUUUUUCUUUAGACAUAUUUGUAAUUGAUCAGGCAGGUGUAUCUGUUGUGCUGCUUGAUGUUUAAUUAUGAGCGAAUUUACCUUUAGUUGUACUCGGUAUAUAGAGAAAAAAUGUUACCAACCA